ACGACAAAUGCAAGCUGCGGCAAAAGUUAAGUAGGUAUCCGGUACUUGUACAUUAGCUUAUAAAACGAUCAGCUGUUGCCACUGAACAGCUGAUUGUCUGCUGCCAGACUAUUACAAAACAAUACCUUCUGUGUUGACGGCGACAGCGGCACGAUCAGUAUCCGUCAACGGUACCUUCCAGUCUUUGGUUAAAGUCUCCAAGAUAAGAGUCCGCUCUUCCGUGUUCGGGGCAGGGAACAGAAUCUUCAGAUCAAAGCGACCCGAGCGCAUCAAAGCGGGAUCAAGCACAUCUUUAUAAUUGGUUGUGGCUAUGACAAUCACAGAUCCUGCAACAUACUCAUAGGUAACACCGAUUCUUCCGAGCCACCUUGUACCUGCCAGAUGAUUCAACAAGAUCCCCUUCGGAUGUUGAGGCGGAACCAUCCUCCUCGACGUAUUCCGAAUCAUCCGACAAUAUCCGCUUAAAAAUAUAUCCUGUCUGUCGCGCACUAGUUUCGAAAACGGACAAAUCAUGGGCGGUCUGGUUCUCAUCCAAGAUAGAUUUUGAAGCAGUGGAUUUCUUUUUCUCCUUCUCGUCAUCAUCAGCCAGUAUCACAUCACAGUCCUCCACUGGUUUAACGGAAGCACAAUCAUCCAUGGCGCUCUCCAUGAUGCUACUGCGCGGGACAAUUCCAUUAGCCAUUACGAUGAGUACUGGAGGAGAAUUCAUGAAUCCCGAUGAGCAAGCAGCUGCACAGGGCGGUGACGCUGGAGAAGUUCCGGAAGCACCGGCACCGGCGGGAUCAAGCGGAGGUUCGUCGUCCGAAUGGGCGGUUGGGAAGACAUUUAAUGUGGGCGACCUCUGCACGUUCGAAGGUCAGACGUUCAAAUGCCGCCAAGGGCAUCGUGUCGAUGCUCCCAACUGGACCCCGCCCAAUACACUGAACCUGUGGCUGCCGGUGGAAGACAACGAGUGGAAACAAAACACGGCUUACAACGUUGGGGACUGCUGCACGUAUGGCGGGCAAUGCUACCAGUGUUUGCAAGCACACACGGCAUACGCGGCCAACUGGACCCCUCCUAACACACCCAAUCUGUGGACACCAAAAUAAGGAAACGCUCAAAAUCCAUGACCCAUGCAUACACCUGCAUGCACAUGACUACCGGUUUCUUCCUGUUUUUUUAAUUCUGACAAUUCUUAAUGUCAUGACAAUUCACGGGCAUGGUUGUGAAAAGCAGUGCGCUCUACGUCGCUGCAACUAAAUAAUUCUAAAACUCAAUAAUUUACAUACGUACUCGUCA